UGAUAGCACUGCACAGUCAUGGAGCUGGAGCACUUUGAUGAGCGGGACAAGGCUCAGAGAUAUACCCGGAGGGGCUCAAAAGGGAAUGGGCUCCCCAGUCCCACUCAUAGCGCGCACUGCAGCCUUUACAGAACCAGGACGCUGCAAGCACUGACCUCCGAAAAGAAGGCCAAGAAGAUCCGUUUCUACCGCAAUGGGGACCGCUACUUCAAGGGGAUUGUGUAUGCCAUUUCUCAGGACAGAUUUAGGUCUAUCGAAGCACUCCUGGCUGACCUCACAAGAUCUCUGUCAGAUAAUGUCAACCUUCCACAAGGGGUGCGGACCAUAUAUACCAUUGAUGGGACAACAAAAAUCACUGCCAUGGACCAGCUGGUGGAAGGGGAGAGCUAUGUUUGUGCAUCCAUAGAGCCCUACAAGAAGCUGGAUUACACAAAGAAUGUAAAUCCCAACUGGGCAGUUGGUGCUAGGACUCUUGCGUCUGUGCGUGACCCUUCUUCCCUUGGUAGUGCCAAGACUGGAUCCCCAGAAACCAAGGAGAGCAAGGACUUCAUCAGACCCAAACUGGUAACCAUUGUCCGCAGUGGAGUAAAGCCCCGCAAGGCCGUACGGAUCUUGCUCAACAAGAAGACUGCACACUCCUUUGAGCAAGUCAUGACUGACGUCACAGACGCCAUCAAGCUGGACUCUGGAGUCGUUAAAAGGCUCUACACGGUUGAUGGCAAGAUG